CCUACCUCGUUAGACCACCCGUUGGGAUUGGCUUGCUUUCUCCCCUCGCGGCACCUGGGAACGCGGCCGCCGAUCCGCUCCCGAUCCCCUCCCCUCCUCUCCUCCUCCUUCCCGCCGCCCGAUCCCACCAAAUCCGCGCCCAGCCAGCCCCCAACUCGAUCCCCGAGGUCGAUUGCGCUCCCCCCGCGGGACUGGGCCGGAUUGGAUUGGAUUGGAUCCCCGCGCCGAAUUCGAUCCCCAACCGGGCGGGCUCGUGCUGGCGGGGAGGAUUGCGCUAGGGUUUCGGCGGGUGCGGUUGCCGUGCGGGCGUUAGGGUUUUGCCAUGGCCGAGAAGGGCUGCUUGAAGCGGCUCCAGAAGGAGUACCACGCGCUCUGCAAGGAGCCGCCGCCGCAGAUCGUGGCUCGCCCGCUGCCCAACGACAUAUUGGAGUGGCACUAUGUACUUGAAGGAAGUAAAGGCACACCUUUUGAAGGUGGACAUUACUAUGGGAAACUCAAGUUCCCAUCAGAUUAUCCUUUUAAACCUCCAAGUAUCAGCAUGACAACCCCCAGCGGCAGGUUUGCCCCACACAAAAGAAUAUGCCUGUCAAUGAGUGACUUUCAUCCUGAAUCUUGGAAUCCAAUGUGGUCAGUAGCAAGCAUUCUCACAGGGCUCCUGUCAUUCAUGAUGGAUGAUGCUCUGACAACCGGAAGCAUCAAGACUUCAGAUGCCGAAAAGAGACGUUUAGCAAAAGCUUCCCUUGCAUACAAUUGUGAGAGCAAAAACUGCCCGCACUUCAGGAAACUGUUCCCAGAGUAUCUUGAGAAGUACAACCAACAGCAACGAUUGGACCAUUCUGUUGCAGAACCGGAGCCUCGGGAGAGUCCUACCCCGGCUCCAUCUCCUGCAGCCCAGCAUGCUCCAGUUGUGGACAAUAAAGCAAAGCCAGUGGCGGAGGCGCUCCGCCAAAAGAAUCAGAAGAAGGCAGUGCCCUUCUGGAUGGUGCUGGUUAUGUUUUCUGUUUUUGGUGCCGUGAUGGCCUUGCCCCUAAUGCAACUUUAACAAUAAAGACUACGGAAAAGUGUGAUACCGGGGGCGUAAUUUUGUAUAGUUCUAUUGGUUUGUGUGACUCAUUCUAUAGACUACCACCUUGGAGUCAUGUGAUGAACCUGCGAUGUUAAAUCUGUAGAACCGUAUUCAGUUUCUCACUCUUGACAAGCAGCAUCACAAACCUUUUCAUUUGUGCUGUAGAUUGCUGAUAACAUACGGUUUUCUUCCUUA